AUGGGUUCCGCAUCAGCCCCACCCACCAUCAAAGUCAGCUCCCUCUCCUACAACUUUCCCGACGGCAGCAGCGGACUCCGCGACGUGAAGCUCUCCCUGCCCGCGGGCAGCCGCACGCUGCUCAUCGGCUCCAAUGGCGCGGGCAAAACCACGCUGCUGCGCCUGCUGUCCGGCAAGCGCAUGGCGCCCGCCGGCACGGUGAGCAUCGCUGACGUGGACCCCUUCGCCGCGGGCCUCGAGGGCGUCACAUACCUCGGCUUGGAGUGGGUGUUGAAUCCCAUCGUGCGCACCGAUAUUGAGGUGCCUACGCUGCUGGACUCGGUCGGCGGUGCGGCGUUCCCAGCCCGCCGUGAUGAGCUCGUGCGUGUGCUGGAUAUCGAUCUCAGGUGGCGUAUGCAUACCGUGUCUGACGGCGAGCGUCGGCGUGUGCAGCUUGCUAUGGGCCUGAUUCGGCCGUGGGAUGUACUGCUCUUGGAUGAGAUUACGGUGGACCUGGAUUUGUUAAGUCGGAGCAGCUUCUUGGAAUGGUUGAGGGGUGAGACCGAGGCGCGGGGUGCGACCAUCGUGUAUGCAACUCACAUUCUGGAUAAUCUGGUCGGGUGGCCGACACAUUUGGUUCAUAUGGCGCAGGGCCGGGUCAAGGAAUGGGGAGCUAUGGAGAAGUAUGAUGCGGAGAGCGACAAGUACAACAACAGCGGCAACAGUAGGUUGGGGGAGUUGGUUUUGCGAUGGCUGAAGGAGGAUCUGGCGGAGAGAGGUCCAAGAGGAGGUAAGGGGGAGGGUGCAGCAUAUCAAAACCUGGAGGGGCUUGGCGGCUAUGGCCUGGAGAAGAGAGCUUGA